AUGGUCACCUUAACCAUCACUGGGGUCCAAGCCGGGGACGAGGCUGUCUAUUUCUGUGGUAGCUAUGACUACAGCAGUGGCAGCUAUGGCAGCAUCGCUGAGUCAUCCUCAGUGUCAGCCAACGUGGGAGAGACCGUCAGGAUCACCUGCUCUGGGGGUAGCAGCAACUACUAUGGCUGGUAUCAGCAGAAGGUCCCUGGCACUGCCCCUGUCACUGUCAUCUAUGCUAAUGACAAGAGACCCUCGGGCAUCCCUUCGCGAUUCUCUGGAUCCUUGUCCGGCUCCACGGGCACCUUAACCAUCACUGGGGUCCAAGCUGGGGACGAGGCUGUCUAUUUCUGUGGUAGCUAUGACGGCAGCAAUGGUGGUUCUCUGGUCCAGGCAGCGCUGACUCAGCAGCCAUCCUCGCUGUCAGCCAACGUGGGAGAGACCGUCAAAAUCACCUGCUCUGGGCUUAGCAGCAGCAUCUAUGAUUAUGCUGGCUGGCAUCAGCAGAAGGUCCCUGGCACUGGCCCUGUCACUGUGAUCUAUGCCAGCAGCAGCAGACCCUCGGGCAUCCCUUCGCGAUUCUCCGGAUCCAAUUCCGGCUCCACAGCCACCUUAACCAUCACUGGGGUCCAAGCCGAGGACAAGGCUGUCUAUUUCUGUGGUAACAAUGACGGCAGCAGUGCUGGUUCCCUGGUCCAGGCAGCAGUGACUCAGCAGCCAUCCUCGCUGUCAGCCAACGUGGGAGAGACCGUCAAGAUCACCUGCUCUGGUAGCAGCUACAGCUAUGGCUGGUUCCAGCAGAAGGUUCCUGGCACUGGCCCUGUCACUGUGAUCUAUGAUAACAACAACAGACCCUCGGUUAUCCCUUCACGAUUCUCCGGGGCACGUUAG